AUGGGGCAGGCCUUGCGCCGAGCGUCAGGGCGUGGCCGGAGUUGGAGCCCCGACGCAGCGCCCACAUCGAUUUCGCAGGUGAAGAAGAAUGUCGAGCACCAGCGGCCACCGGCUGUUCUUAUUGAGUCAACGGAGAGCGGCAAUGAUGGAGCCAUUGGAGCUCCCGAUUCAGUUGAUGUCUCAAGGGUGAACACUGAUAAUGUCCUUGAAGAGCGAGAUCCACAAUAUGACACCAUGCUUAAUCAGAUGGUGGGUAGAAUUAAAUCAAAACCUGGAGGGAAACUUGAAAUGGGUGAGGCAUUUGUUGUGGAGAGGUAUAAUCGUCCCUUGCCUAAGCAACGGGAUACAAAGCCCCGAUCAGGGAGGUAUGAAGAAAACCCAGUUCCUCCUGAAACUUUGAAUGUGGCCCAGUUGCGGCAAAUCAUCCUUCUGCAUGAAGGCAAGGCUGAUGUCCAUGAUGACCCUAUGGGUAUCCACCAGAUUGCCGAGAAGUUCCGGGUUGACACAGUGCAGAUUCAGAGGAUCUUGCAAUUCCUAUCAUUACCUCCAGAAAACAGUAGCAAAGAGAAAGACAGGCUCUGAUGAUAGGUGGCCUUCAGUUUCUCUGGCUCUUCUAACAAUUCCGAGGAUGAGAAGCUCUUGAAAGGAGGAGCAGAAGGACCAAAUGAGUUAAUCGUAUGGAUAUCUAAAAUACAGGAUUUCUGUGCACAUACUUGUUCAUCAUUUCGAAUAACCCAUUCAUAAGAAAUUCAUUUAUUCAUUCUGUUUCAGCAGAGAAUGAGA